ACUUGGGCGAGGAGGAUGACGGACCCGGCGAUGGCGUUCCACGAGCACAUCGCUGCCUUCUACAUGGCGCUCGCGGAAGACAAGCUCGAUGGCCUUGUGGACGCGCUGCAAAGCCUGCGCGAAGCUGCGAAGGAGGCGGCGGCGUCGCCCGAGAGCGCGCUCCUGGAAGAGAUGCUGCGCGACUGCGAGCAAAAGGCCAUCACCAAGGGCCCGGCCGCGGUCCAGCAGUUUGGCGACUUUGUGUUGCCCAAGACGGGCGCGCUAAACAAGCGUCGGCCUGUCGCAUCCGACGACCUCGCCGGCCAACUCAAGGCCCUCGAAGACGAUCUCUUGCUCGUGCUCAACGCGUUUUACACGGCGCAGACGCUCGAUAGCACAGAUGCGUCGCUGCAUCGGCUGCGCGACUACAUGACGGCCGAUGCGAGCCAGCGCGGUGGUCUUCGUCUUGACCAGUUCAAGCGGCUCAAGACGUCGGCCAAGCUCAACGCCGACGGCUACAUUGACCGGCAUAUCCACCUCGAGGCGCUCACGGGGCUCUUCCAGGACGCCUCGCACCUCCUGCAGUACAUUGAGCAGACGGUGUGGCCGCACCAAGUCGCCGCGACCUUUGCGCCCUUGCACAAGCGUAUCCUCGACGUGGUCCUCGACGUUCUCGCCAUGUACGGCAACGACGCGCGCCUCCUCGCGUGGGAGCGCAAGAUCAGCAUGAACCAUGGGCAGGUCGAAGCCGACGAGAGUCUCCAGAUGAUCGAUUUGCUCUUGGACGAACUCGCUACGAUCCUCCAGUGGGGCUUUCAGUACACGGCUUCGGUCCUCGACGUGGCCGCCCACGCUGGUCUCUCGGCCAAAAUCGCCGAGCUCAACGGCGUCUACCUCCUCCUCGAGCAGUUUUACAUUUCGCAGAGCGUCCGGAAGGCCGUCGCGAUUGCCGAGCCCGAAGAAGUCGAGCCGCACGUGUUUGAGAUCAGUACGGUGCAGGACACGUCGUUCGUGCUCGACAAGGCCUUUGCCCGCGCGAAUCAGAGUAUGCACUACCACACGGUGCUCGCGAUCGUGAUUGCCAUCGUCGAGGCGCUCGAUGGAACGUUCAUGCCGUCGAUUCUGGCGCUACCCGAUCGCAGCUUUGAGCUGCCGCUGCCGGUCACGUCGCCCCGAGCGACGACCGAGCCGAACGAAGCGUCGAGUACUGGCGACGACGAAAAGUCGUUUGGUGACGCGCUCUUGGAGGUCGUCGAGAUGGACCUCACAGCGCAGUUGCAGCGCCAGGCCAAGAUGAUGAUGGCCAUCAACUCGGCGCACAAGAGCUCGGCGUACGUCGAUACGCUGCAUGCGCGGUUGCACGAGCUCUCGUUUCCGCCGUUUCCGCCGCUUCUCGAGUGUCUCCCAAAAGCACUGAGUGACUUGCAAGCCGACGUCGGUCAAGUCAUUACGGUCGGCACGCAAGAGCUGUAUGCGAUCGCGCUCCAGGCCAAACUACGGGCGUACUGUGACGCGUCGAUUCCACAGUGGCAGUUUGAGCUCAACUUGGAGUCGUUCGAGUACUUUGACGUGCACGACUCGCCGCUGCGUCGCCUUGUCCAUCAGGUGCUGCGGGAAAAGGCCCUCCGGCGCUUCCGACGUGGCCUCAACAGCGUGACGUUUGAGCGGCUCUGGCGCGCGGUCGUCGUCGAUCUUUGCACGUGGAUGGAAGAAGGGAUUCAGACCAAGCAGUUUAACGAGUGGGGCGCCAUGCAGCUGGACCGUGACGUGCGCAGCGUCAUGCAGCUCUGCGCCAAGUUCCCGACCGAGCCACUGAGUCUCCUCACCGAGUUUACCCGUCUCGACCAGAUUGUGCUGCUGGUCAAUAUGGUCCAAGCCAGCGACGUCCUCGAGUACGACAGCAUUCGGUCGACCUUGUCGAUUGCCGAGAUCCAAGCCCGCCUCCAGCUGCGCUUCCGGAAGAGCAGCAUUGGCCACGUCGUACAGCAGCUGCACGCUGCGUCGCCGUCGAGUUAGCCUACAUUGACCACAAGACAAGUCGAUUCGACCAAUAUAUAAAGAAAAACAUGGAAGGCCGACGAUCGUAGGGGAGUCUACCCGAACGCGCCCAUGGGCAAGUGCA